AUGCCCAGCAGAGGCGGUCCAACAACUGCCUCCCAGGGUCCUACUUCCGGUGGAUUUAAUCGAGGUGAUGAUACGGAAACCAAGUGGGCCACUGGACCUACCCGUGGUGGCAUGGACAGAGGUCGCGGUGGACGCCCGAAUUACCGUGGGGGUAAGCCCCCGGGGUCUUCUUACGCCGACUCUUACGGAAAUUAUGGAAGACCUGAUACUUACAGUGCAGGCUAUACUACACACGGCGACAGCGAGUCUACAGACUUAAGACAGCCUCCUGCUGGAGGACCCCCAACUGGCAGUGGUCGUCAGGGUGGCUCGAGAUUCAGUACUGCUCCAACUAAAGGCCCGGAAUCUUACCCAAGCUACGAAACGUACGGAGCAAAACCUGAAGAUCCCUACGGUGAGACUCAGCAGCAAUCUGGCAACCGCCCCUACAAUGCCCAGUCAGGCGCAGCCGCCAAACCUGGUCCCCAAGCGGCUGCGGGAACCCAACAGCUUCGUCAACAGACUGGUUCAUAUGCUGGUAGUGCUCCUGGGCUCCCAAGAGGUGGCCGCCCUUCGCGUUUCAGCUCACAAACAGACGAUGCAGUGAUUAGUGGAACC